AUGAUGCCAACGAAAGUCUCGAAGUCUCUCACGCGCUUUUUGCACACUUCGGCACCUAAAUCCUUUCUGUUACGCUCGCUAGACGACGUUCGUCGCGACAAUCGUGUCAUCAGUAGCAAUGACGGCGCUUUGGAAACGCGUCGUUAUCUAGUUCGUAAUGAUGAAUGUGGAUUUUCCGUUCAGCACGAAGUGAUCCAAAAGGGGACCCCUGUGCGCCUUGAGUUUCAAAAUCACGUGUACGCCCUGUUAGUGACGCGCGGCAAUGGUCGUGUGCGGCUGCUGGACAUUAGUGAGGGUCCAAGGCAGUUUCAAAGUGUGGCAGAAGGUUCGCUCGUGGCUCUUAAUGCUUCCGAGGUCGUAGAGAUUGAGGCCAUAACCGACGAGCUGCACGCCGUUAGCGUCAUGAAUCCACCAGUUUUUGGCGUCGAGAAGAGGGACGACGCGACUGGAGUAUUCCCAGCUGUGAAUCCGGAUGGAGAGGCACUUGAUAGUUUCGAUCUUUCUCAGGUGGACCAAUUAUUUUCUGCCCCUGAGUCACUCAAAGGUGGCAGUGCCCCGAUGAAAGACGACCCGCUUUUCUAA